AUGGACAGAAAUCCUGAAGUGUCUUCUUUCCUUGAGGAAGAAGAAAAAAUCGCCAAGUUCGGGAGAAAAGAGAAGGACUCAUCGUCCCCGACUGGUGAGAAGGAUGAGGAAGUAAAUAACCCGGUAUCAUCGGAUUCUGACUCUGAAGAUUUUGAACUAAUCCAGAACUUUAGUGAGAAGAAGGCCAAAGAUAUCCUCUUUAGUCAACUCAAUUACACCAAGAUUAUCUUAGACCUAGAUCUCCAGAAAGAGCUAUGCUUGGAAGUUGGAGUAAAUAUAUCCGAUGAAUUUCCCUGGAAGACAAUGAAAAAGGAGAUUCUCGAGGAUUACCUCACAGAUAACCAUCCGGAAACCGAAAUUCUACGCAACAAACUCAAUCAAUUGGACAGCGAUAGCACCAUACUUGUGGGAUAUCUUUCGGACUUCGCCGAGGAUGGAACAUUCAUUGUCUAUGAUGACUUAGAGUCUGCCAGGACAGCCUCUCGAAUUGUGCAGCAACUGGAAGCUCUCCAGAGACACAAGCUAAAGAGGAGACUAACAAAAGUGCCCCGACAAUGGAAGUGUUUGGGGAGCGAUAAAGAAGUCAACGAAUAUGCACCAAGACUGCGAGAAAAUGUUGUUCAUGUGCAGAUCCAGAGCAUCUAUCCAAUACGACCGAAGAGAGAUGUCAAGCUUCAGUUCCGUUCUUGCGACGAUGUUAGAGAUGGAUAUGUGGAACUGGUUGCUGGGAAGACUGUCUUCGACAACGUCUACAAAUCCCGGAUUGAUACAUUUAUUCAGUCAGCUCCUAUGAAAGUCAAUCUCGAACAACAAACAGAACCUACUUUUCCAACAAAUGCCUGGUCGCAAUACAUCUAUGUAAUUGAACGUGAGAGGAGGGAACAGCUUGAAGCUGAGCUAAAAGCAAAAGCUAUGGAAUCUACUGAAGGUGGGGAAACCGAAAGAGAAGAGGAAGCUGAGGGGGAAGAAGUAAUUCCUGAAGUUAAACCAAUUGUCCUGUCGAAGCAAAUCAAGGAUUUUCUUGAAGCUUUGGAAUUCAAUCAAGUGGAUAUGUAUCGGAAUGAUUACGUUUUAGCUCGAUCGAAGCGUUUAGCUCCUUUUCAGGUACCAAAACUCACUGAGAAGUUCUGCUUCGCGGAUAUCACGAAGACAUCGGGACGUCGAGUGCAUUGCAUUGAGUGGCAUCCGACUGUAUCCGGGAUCUUUGUGGCAUCGUAUGCUUUUGAUACUCCUUCAAUGAAGAUUCCAACUACGGAUACUACAGAUAUGGUCAACAGGAUUGUUUUGCAGUCGAAUUAUGUUCUUAUGUGGAGUUUUGAUAACACUCUGUCUCCAAAAUUGGAAUUGGAGGCUCCUAGAGAGGUUUGUGUACUAUCGUUUUGUCCUUUCGAUCCUAUGAUACUCGUCGGAGGGCUUAUUAAUGGUCAAAUAGUAAUAUGGGAUCUCAAAGAGAAGCUCAAAGAAUGUGAAAUUGAAGAAACCUUAACGCCAAAUCAAGCAAAGAACCGGGAACUAAUGAGGGAGUUUCUGAGAUGGACGAACACCAAGAAUCAGUAUCUAUUCGUUCGUCGUGCUGCUAUCAGUUCUCUUGAGCAUUCGCAACAGGGACAGAUCACAGGGAUCCGCUGGCUACAUUCUCACCACAUCAUCACGACAGGAGGACAAAUGCGAGAACAGGCUCAAGAAGGAAGAUUUUUCGUAACUUCGUCAUUAGACGGGACUGUAGCAUUCUGGGAUCUUCAGAAUCCUGAAAAGUGUUUAGACAAGAAGACACAAUCGAAGAAGAAGCUCAAUCUACCGGCAAGUAUCUCUGAAGGGAUGUCUGACUUUGCUAAGUAUGAUCGAUUGUAUCGUCCCCAGAACAUAAUUAGUGUGAAGAAGCCAAUUACAGCAAUGAUCUUCACUGAUGCUCAAUUUCGAAGGGAACCUAUUAUGUCUUCAAUCAACAAAUCCUUGACUGUGAAGAUACCUUUUAAAAUGGUCCCCCUACCUCCUAUGACCAUAGAACCUCGUGUCGAGAUUGAAGACGAAGAAGUUGAAGAGGAUUUCAAUCCUUUGAAUUACUUUCACAUUUCAACAAGUCUUGGGGAGAUAUUUGAAGUUAGAUGGAAGGGACACGAACCUGAUCCUCAGGCUGUAGUCAGUCGCGAUCAGGGGAGUUUAACUCAAACCUUUGCUUUCGUUCACGAUGGUCCGAUUGUGGCGAUUGAAAGAAAUCCUUUCAUCGUGGAUGUUAUUCUUUCAAUCGGUACGAGGGUUCUAGCCAUUUGGCGUCUAGAUACUCCUCAGACUCCCAUUUACUACCGUCGCAGGAACGCAGUUCUUGUCUCUGCCAAGUGGAGUGUGAGACGAGCUGCGGUCUUUUUCAUAACACGCGACGAUGGUGACAUUGAGAUCUGGGAUUUGCUGAAUCAGACCCAAUCCCCAACCCUGGUAUCAAGUGUGGGCAGUCAAAUAGUGACGACAAUUGUGCAACAAAAACUUCCGCUCACGCAGGAUAUUAUUGCAAUUGGCGACUUCAAUAGCAAUAUACGCAUUCUCGUCAUUCCGCCAACACUCGCGACAGCCACACCUGAUGAAGUCAAUCUCCUCGAUCGUCUAAUUGCCAAUGAAAUUGAUCGCCGCAGGCACCUAAGUAACUUACAGGCGGAAUGGUUUGCCGCCAAUGAAGACAUUAUUGUGGCAAAGCGUCAAAUGGAGCUGGAGGCACGCGAGGCGGAAGAGAGACGUCAGCGUCUGGCCAGAGAUCAGGAGGACCUGAGGCGUGUGCGUGAGGAGAAGGAGGCACGAAGGCGAGCACUGAGAGACAAGAAAAAAAUCACCUUUGACCUUCCACAGCAACUCAAUCGAAAGUGGGACGAGAUGAAUUUGAUGCGUCUCAUGAAAAUGAUAAUGACGAUGAAGAAAUACAAUCCAGAUCAGGUGGCACAACAAAUUUCACCAGAAAAGGAGAGAUUGGAGUAUGAGAGAAUUAAAAAGGUCACAAUUAGGCAGUCUUUUGCAAAAAUUGAUGAAGAACUCAUUGAAAUACGACAGAGAUUGAUGCCAGUUCAAGAGACACUUGUCGAUCGUCGAACCCUCAUUAAAGAUCUCCUUAACGAAAUCCUCACUCAAAAAUUUGAUUACAGAUCAUUCCAAAAUACUACUCUUCAAGAAAUUUCCCAAUACCGCAAGAAUGAUUCCCUGACGUUUAAUGACAUCCUAGCCAGAGGACGAAAGAGCCGAGAGAUCAUUGACAAGAGUUUUGGGAAUACUCUUCAUCAAGAUUUAUAUGAGGAACAGAAGAGAUUUCGUCACGGUAUCAAGAAGUCUACUCAGGACUUAGCAUCACGUGUGGAAUCAUCAGGUGGAAGUCGACGUGCUCGAUCAGUUACAUUUCCCGAUGACGUUAAAUCUGAGGAGUAA